AUGGUGAAGAAGAAAAGAGCAGGGGUAUCGAAAGAUACCUCGGCUGACACAUCGGGUGAUGCCAGAACAGUUGCAACAGCGGUAUCGAAAAUGCCUGUAAUAUCAGGCUACACAUCAGAUCCGCAAUCAUCUGUUAAAAGGAAAAGACAGACGCCAAACCUAAUAAAGCGACCCAACGCAGCUAAGCGAGCAGCCUUGAAAGGAAAGCUGCCGCUGACGUUGCCACUUAAUAAUACAGGGAUGACGUCAGAGAGUGAAGUAUCUGAGGGAGACGAUUCGGAGACCCCCGUGUACGUCUCUGACGGAGGAGAAGGGCGGUAUAGGUCACCGAAAAACAGACCUGAGAGCUUAACAAAGCCAGACCCGUCGACAAAUAAGGCGUUGGAGGUGGAUGUUGACCAAAUCCGCCAAGAAGAAAAUACACUGAUGCAGGCCCUGCAAUCUAAACAGGCAGCCAUCAGUGAAUUUGAAGAAAAUCUGAAGAAACUGAAGGAGGAAAUGCAGCCGCUCCUCAGCCAACUUAAGCAGAAGCAAGAGGCCCGCCGACAACAAGAGGCAGCACAACGGCUACUGUACCAAAAGCAGAAGCAACAAAAACAACAGCAACAACAACCACAGCAGCAACAUCCACAAAGCAAGCCCGCUUCUAAAAUCUCGGGAGCGGAGCAAUUUAAAAAGGCACCGCCAGCAACAGCAGGCCCAAAUGUUGAGGACCCAACAACCUCAACAAAAGCCAAACAACGGCUACAAGAACAGCCAAAACAGCCGCAGCAACAACCAAUCCUGCAGCAGCAGCAGCAGCAACAGAAAAAGGAGGAGGCUAGAGGUUGUGGAGAAUGA